AUGUUCUCAUCUUCAACACCAACCUUUCCGUUUAUGUUGAUUGACUACCUCACCAACUUCUCAUCCGUUGAAGACGAUGGUCCUGUGACAAAAUGGUACGGAAGCAGUCCCCCAAAUUGCUACAAUCAAAAGGAAAUAUUGAUUAGAGACUGGAAACUCAGGGAGGAGGUCCUUGAAGCGAUGACUUCCGGAUUUUUGCGUAAUCAAUCAUUGGGAUUCCCUGAUUAUUAUCUAUCUGGUAGUGGUGAUAAGUUCCCUAUUCUCCUCAAACACAAACCCUCUGACCCGGACUUAACAGAGGUAAGUGCAAAUCUACCUCCUUUGCCUUGUGGAACCAAGAUUCAAAACAUUGCCAUGUCUUGUUUUUCUGACCGAAAAAAAGAUUGGGUGGUGUGUGUCAAGUUACCUGGAUCUCAGUUGAGUCUUUUUAGACCUUUUUGUAACUCUAAAUGGAUAAAGGUCAAACCAAUGCCUGAGUGUAUAAGCUCUCUCUCGAGUAUCAUGUUCUCCAAGAAAGAUCAACGGUUCUACAUUCCAUCACCUGGAGGCAACCAUUUGUGCUCUUUGGAUCUCAACUUCAAUGAAGAUGACAAGCCUCGGUUCUUUCGCGUCGGAUUUGAAGAUUAUCCUGAGUCGGUGGUCAGCGAGUUGGAGGAAUUGAAUUCUUGUUCCAGGACAGACCAUCUUGUGGAAUCCCCCACUGGAGAGCUUUUCUACAUUAAGUGGUACGGUGAGGAGUACGAGGGUGAGGACUUGGAUGAAGAUGAAAACUACAACGAUGUGGUGAGAUCAUUGACGCACAAAACCAAAAAGUUCAUGGUGUUUAGAGAGAAAGAAACAGGAUACGCUGAAGAAAAGAAAAAUGACGUUAUAAUAUACACAGAAGAAGAUGAUAAGACUAUGACCUACACAGAAGACAUUGGAGAUCUCUGCAUUUUUGUUGGACAUAGUCAGGCUUACUGUGUCCCGGCCAGCUCGUCUCCUGGACUCAAGCCUAACUGCAUCUAUUUCGUGGGCUACAGCUUCGGUGUUUAUGAUAUCACCACAAAAACUUGCACUACCUUCUUUACCAGAGAUGCUGACGAAGAAGAUAAUGAGAUAGUUCCGUUAAGGAGAUUAGAUUUCCCUUACUGGCCUCCCCCAUUUCCGAUCUCUAGGUAA